AUGCUCGCAUUAGAUACAUUAAAUUAAACCGAAGAUCUAAAGUGCUAUGAAUCUAUUUUUUAUCAAAGGUUAAAUGGACAACAAAAUUAGCAGCAUUUGAGAUUUUCAAACAACGAAACUAUAAGAUAAUAGUAAGAUGGGCUUAAGUUGAUUAAAAUCUUUGAUAUUGACAAGAUUAAAAAAUAUAAUCAGAUUUAUUGUGAGCAUUCAACAGAUGCGAGCGGAGAUGAAAAUCUUGAAAACUCUCCCUAUUAUUAUCAAAGCUAACUGAAUACGAUAAAUACUAAAGAUACAACAUAAAAAAUAUAAGAUUUCAAUAAUUCAAUUAACUUAAGCGACCCGAAUCUUUCAACAUAGUAUGAAGGUAUUACGAAAUAAACUAAAUAAAUUAGUGGAGACAUACAUGAGAUGAAUAAAAUGGUUGAAUAGCAAAGAAAUCAAUCACACUCUUGUAUAACCUAACUUUAAUACCAAUAAAUAAUGUAGAAAAAUGAUGAAAAUAAUCAUCGUCAAAAAAAUCAUCAACAAAUACUUAUAUCAAACUUUGACAGCUUUGCGACAUUUAUCAAUACUCAUUACGUAGAUUCUGUUCUAUAAGGGAUUUCUCCCUCAAAUAAUUAAUAAUAAUAUAUAAAAGAGUAAGCUUACUAUCAAAAUGAGGAGUUUUAGCCAAAUCCUAACUUCUUUCUAUACCCUGAAAAAUGUAAUAAUACUACUAAAACUGAGUUUGAUAUUGAAACUAACAUAUAUAUUCAUUAGCUUACAAAGAAGUUGAAUUCUGUCUACGAUGAUGUGAAUGUUGUGGUCAAUGUUGAGGAAGAUUAACUUAAGAAGGAUAUCUAAAAUUACGACUCAAAAGUGAUUAUUAAUCUGAAAUAAUGCCAAAACUCAUCAUAAUUAGAUGGAGAAAACCUCUAAUAGGACAUAUUUGUUCAGGAAAUGGAGAUUCAUCAUGACCACAAGAUAGAAGAACAAUUUAUUCAACCAUCUUUGGUCUCUGGCAUAUCUCUAGAAGAUACCAUUUUAAGACCUAUUAAGAGAAUUAUUAAGAAAAAGAGAACUACUAGACAAUCAAUCUACAUUUCUCAUUAUAAAAACAAGAGAAAGAACUUCAACUGCAGAUAUUGCGAAAGAUCUUUCACUCAGGCCACUGCAUUGGGGGGCCAUAUGAGCAAGGCUCAUCCCAGAAUGAGUGACCAUUACAUGUACAAAUAAGAAAUCAGACAAUCAAGAGAAUCUGACAGAGAACUUUUGACUAGAGCAAAAGACAUAUAUUACGGUUUAUACAACGAUGAUAAGAUCACCAAUAGAUCAAAGAUAAAUUAUAUAAAACAACUUCUAUAACAAGGUUUAAACCUUGAAGAAAUUAUUGCUAAACUAUAAAAUCUACAGUGA